AUGCUGUGCGGAAUUUCCGGCGAAGCUCCCCAAGAGCCUGUCGUGUCAAAGAAGUCUGGAGUUGUCUACGAGAAGAGACUUAUCGAACAGUACAUCAAAGAUAAUGGCACUGAACCCGGCACUGGCGAGACUCUCACCGCCGAUGAUCUUCUUUCUAUCCAGUCCUCGCGAAUCGUCCGCCCUCGCCCUCCCACACUAACAUCAAUACCCGCGCUUUUAGCGACCUUUCAAAACGAGUGGGACAAUUUCGCUCUCGAAACAUAUAACAUGAAAGAGCAACUUGCCCGAACCAGGGAGGAAUUGGCCACUGCGCUUUACCAACAUGACGCCGCUGUUCGCGUCAUUGCGCGCUUGAGCAAAGAGAGAGACGAAGCCAGAGAAGCUCUUAGCAAGGUAACAGUUGCCGAGGGGGCUACCAAUGGCGAAGACAUGGUUGUGGAUAGUGUUGAAGGCCUCCCUGAGGCGCUUGCCGAGAAGGUGGAUGAAGUUCAUGCGUCCUUGUCGAAGGGGCGAAAGAAGCGUCCCAUUCCCGAGGGCUGGGUUACGCCCGGUGACAUAUCCGCAUUUGAUACCACGGCCUCUACUGCCCUACCCGUACCUGAGACGACCUCGAUCGAUCUUGAAGGAGGAUUUGCCGCUCUAGGUGGUCUGAAAGGCGAGGCUGCUAUUUACUCUAUUGAAGCCGACAAACUAGAGAGGCAGCUCCCUGUCAAUGAGGCGGUAACAAGCACCUUGUGGACUGGAGCUAAGCUCUUCUUCGCCACUGGCCAAGGCAACGUCAAGGUGUACGAAGCGGGCAAUGAAGUUGCCUCCGUUCCAGAGCAUUCUGGCCCCGUCACCGGUCUCAGUGUUCAUCCUGGAGCAGAUAUACUUGGCUCUGUGGGAACCGACAAGAGCAUCGUAUUCUACGAUUUGGCAACCAUGAAGCGUGUUAGCCGUGCAUAUGCGGAUGCCUCUCUUACGACGUGCGCAUUCCACCCCGAUGGACAUCUUUUCGCUGCAGGCACUGUAAGCGGAGACAUCAAGCUCUACAUGACCAAGAACUUGGAUCAAGCUGCCAUAUUCAAGCUUGGUGCACCCGUUCAAGCCCUCGUCUUCUCCGAGAAUGGUUUCUGGCUGGCCGCUACAGCAAAGGGCCAGACAACCGUGACGGUCUUUGAUCUUCGCAAGGAGGGGGAUGCAGCAACGGCCAAGAUCCUGGAGACUGGCGGAUCCGUACAAUCUUUAGCUUGGGACUACACCGGCCAAUACCUAGCAACAGGCGGUGCAUCUGGCGUGACGAUUCAACAGUACAUCAAGUCAAGCAAGAAAUGGAGUGAACCGUUCAGAAAUUCUACCCCAGUCAUUGGAGUCAGAUGGGGAGAGUCGGCGAGAAGGCUGGUUGCAGUUAACGGAGAAGGGGUGGUGAGCGUAUUUGGCGUCAAGGAGUAA